UUCCGGUUAAUUGGUCACACGAUAUUUUGAAUAUUACCUAGUAUGUUGAAGUCUCUUCACUGACUGGUACCUCUGAUGAAUUGUUUUUUUUUUCUUCAUUUGGCUUAAUUGGAUGAGAUAAUGAUCCUGUUUAUUUUAAUAAACAACUUUAUUGUGAUAGUCACAGGUGCUGUCAUCAGCUUUCAUAUCAAUACAGAUAGCAUCAUUGGAGAAACAGUUGUUCUACCUUGUGAAAACAAACAAGGCAACGAAUUAGUGCAAUGGACACGCCGAGACAAAAAUACUGAAAAAUCUUUUACAACUGUAUACACUGAUGGGUGGCGAGUUAAUCCAGGUUUGCGGCUUCAUGAACGACUGAUGAUCAUUGGUUCGAGAGGUGGACAAGAUUAUGGAUUACAAAUAUCCAAUGUAACAAUGUUGGAUUCUGGAUUGUACAGAUGUGCAGUGGAUACCAUUACUAAUCUGACUUAUUAUUUUGUUACUUUAGAAGUUAAAGAUAAAUAUAAGAACCUGAGAACCCAUUCUGCAUAUACCGUAAUUAAUACAACAUUUCCAUUUAUGAAGAACACAGAAGUUACCAGAUUCUUUUCUUCGAUUCCCAUUGUUUCCAUCCUGUCGAUUCCGCCAAUUAUUAUUGUGGUUGUUCUAGCAUUGAUUGCAGCAAUUAUAUUAUUUCAAACAAGACGCAAGAACAAAGUAUCAUCUUCACCAGUGAAUAAUCAACCGGACGAUAUUGAAGAAGUCCAGCAAAAUGAUCAUUAUUAUGAUAAGGUCGAUUACGAGGAGAUUUCUUGCGAAGUUCAAAACAAUUCUCUUAAUAAUGAACCAUCGUACCAUUACCCCGAUUCAAAAAAUGUCGAAACAAUAUUGGUGAAUCAGGAAAACCCUUUGACAGGGCCAUCACAGGAAAUCUACAGUAAAAACCAAGCAAGCGUUUCCGAACAAACCGAGGACUAUUCCUAUGUGAGCAAUCUUUAUCAACCCCUCACUGAACAUUGGGGACUUUACUCCCGUACAUAUGCACAAUGUCCACCAUUUCAAACUGGUAAUGAUUACCACAACAUUGCUGACCCGAGUCAAAUGGGGAAUAUGUAUCAGCAUCUUUUGGCGAAAAGAGAAGACGUUAAACAUAUCUAUUGCUGAUACAAAAUUAGUAUUUUAGAUGUACAUAUAAUAUUGGGAGCAGCUUUUCGUUAACUUUCUUUUUACUUUUUCGAUUUAAAACAAUUGAUAUUUUUAUUGUUAUUUUAUUAUUGGUGCAUUGUUAUUCAAUGUUGUAAAUGUUUUGUUUUAUAAAUAAAAAAGUUCAGUUAGAA